AUGACGCUCGCGACUCUCCUUCCCACCAGCCUCACUCUCAGAAUAUUUGUCAAUCUUAUUUCAUUAUCUAUCUAUCUAUCGAUCUAUCUCAGUCUUUUUUCAUUAUCUAUCUAUCUAUCUAUCUAUCUAUUUUCAUUAUCUAUCUCAGUCAUUUUUCAUUAUCCGCCUGUCUCUAUCAAGCUAGCAGGCUAUCUAUCUAUCUAUCUAUCUAUCUAUCUGAAUCUAUCUGAAAUUGUGCAUAUCUAUCUAUCACAGUCUGUUCGUAUAUAUCUGUCUGUCUACCUGAAAUUGUUCAUAUCUAUCUAUCUAUCUAUCUAUCUAUCUAUCUAUCUAUCUAUCUAUCUACACAUACACACACACACACACAUAUAUAUAUAUAUAUAUGUAUAUAUCCAUCUCAGUCUUUUUUAUUAUCUAUGUCAUUCUUUUUGUAUUAUCUAUCUAUCUAUCUAUCUAUCUAUCUAUCUAUCUAUCUAUCUAUCUAUCUAUCUAUCUAUCUAUCUAUCUAAAUAUAUAUAUAUAUGUAUGUAUAUAUCCAUCCCUAAUCAUCUAUCUAGCUAUUACAAUCUUUUUUCAUUAUCUAUCUAUCUAUCUAUCUAUCUAUCUAUCUAUCUAUCUAUCUAUUUCAGUCUUUCAUUAUCUAUCUAUCUCAGUCUUUCAUAA